UUCCCUCCAUAUCUUUCUAACAAUCAAUCAUGCAUCUCACUGCUACUCCCUCUUUCUCUCUCUCUCUUUCCCAGGAAUGUGUUUGAUAACUCCUCUUCCUCAUUGUCCUUCUCUCACACUCUGAAAAGCUCUGUGAGAUUAGUACUCUGUGGAAGAAGAGAUGCUAGGGCCUCUUCUACUCCUUGUUCUUACCCUAUUCUUCCCUUUCCAUUUGUUGAUAACUGCCAUAGAUGCUGGGUCUGACAUUGCUUUGCAUUUCCUGAGAGCACCCCCUGCUUUCUCUGCUUCCCCUUUGGCUGCAUUCCAGUUUGAAAUCAUCAACAAGGGCAAUUUUAGUAUAAUUUCCUGCGGUGAUUGUCGUUUCACUUGCAAGUUGGACCACUAUAACUACACAAACUGUGAAUCUAGAGAAACAUCAUAUGCCAGCCUGUCGGAUGGACAACAUACACUUGAGGUCUGCAUAAAAUGGUCCGGGGGAGCACAUUGUGAAAGCUAUGCAUGGGUUGUUGAUACAAUUUCUCCUACUGCAUAUGUCACAGCUGCAACUUCUUUUACAAAUUCAUCAAAUGUACCAGUGCAUAUUAUUUUUAGUGAACCUUGUACUGGUGGUGGUGGGUUUAGGUGUUCUUUGAAUGAUUGUAAUCUUCUUGUUUAUGGAGCUGGCCAGGUUAUGCCUUCUACUCUCAAGGUCCUCCGACCAGAUAUUGAAUACUCCCUUGUCCUUGGAGUAUCAAAUAAUGAGUUAUAUGGACGAUUAAUAUUGGUGAUGGAUAAGGGUUUUUGCACAGACCUUGCAGGAAACAGGUUUAUCAGAACAUCAAAUUCCACCUUUAUUUUACAUUUCGAUAGGAGAGAUGUCAAUGUAAACCUGAGAACUCACAUUCCAGAAAAGCUACUUCAACUAAAUGGCGAGAUGAGGAUAGUUGAAGCAACAAACAUUGCCAAGAAUCUGAGAAUUUAUUUAUAUUUCUCAGAACCUGUACUUAAUUCAUCCACAGAAAUUCUUGGUGUCCUUCGUGCAAGUAGUGGUUCAAUUCUCCCUACUAACAGUAGCAGCAUUGGGAACCGCCGGUUUGGUUAUGUGGUGAGAGACAUACCUAUGAUUACGAUAGUCACUGUUACUUGUGAAACAAAUUCUAUAAUUAGCAGGCAAGGAACUCCAGUUUCUCCAGCAGAUCCAGUCACUUUCCUGUAUGAUGCACAAAGACCUUCAGUUGUGGUCAGGACAACUCCUAAUAUAAAGACCAGGGAACGUAAUAUACUAGUACUGGUGAAGUUUGCAAAGCCCGUCAUUGACUUCAAUUCUUCAGCUGCACAGAUCUAUGGAGGGCGUUUGCUAAGCUUUUCUGAAUUAAGCAAGAGCAUAUACACCAUUCAGAUCCAAGCUGAAGACCGACUUAUAUCUGUUGAGGUUCCUGAAAAUGCAACAAUGGACCUGGCUGGAAACAGGAACCUUGCAUCCAACCGUCUGGAAGUGACAAAAUAUUCUGUGCCCAUGAUCUCAUCACUGGUUUCAGUCAUUACAACUGUCAUAUUUCUUGUUACAUCAACAUGUGCGGCACUUCUCACCAUUGCAACUUCAAGCUUGAUUUCAUUUGGAGGAUUUUCAAGGACUACAACAUAUCUUAUAUCUGAACCAUCAAGAAACCUUCUGAGAACUGCAUAUCAUAUCCAAGUCUUUGCACUGUCUAAAUGGUUAGCAGUUGACUUGCCAAUAGAGUACUAUGAAUUUGCAAGGGGUAUACAGUGGAUUAUCCCACAUAUCAAACUUCCAUGGGAAACAGUAGGAGAUGAUGCAUUUAUUGAAAAUCAUGGCUUCUAUGUCGGGACAGAUUCUGAUAUAUUUGACAGACACCAGUUCAUUACUGAACAGCCGUUGGGAGGACUAAAUAAUACGGUGCAAACAAAGAUGUCCAUUACUGGAACACCACUGACUCCUAUGGAGUACAGAUCUUUCAUUGAGAAUGGAGAUAUGAAGCCAGAAGCAGAAUUUAUGAUGUUUCUUGGAGAUCAGAAUGGUUGGAAACUCUUCAGCAGAAAUAUGUUCUGGUUAGCUGUAAUUGGUGGUGGCUUAUUUCUGCUCCAUGUUAUAGUUCGAUUGACUUUAAAAGUCAAGAGAAACAAAUCAGACAAACAGAAGGAUUCCGGAGCACUUAUCAUGCCUAGGUUCGAGAUAUUCCUAAUGUUUCUUGCAUUGCCUUGCCUCUGCCAAGCAUCAGUAACUAUUAUUAAAGGGACAUGUGCUGGAGGUAUCAUAGUUGGUUCCCUGCUACUGGGCAUCACAGCAUCUCUUCUUUUAUCAUUGAUUUUGUUUCUUUCAAUUGGAAUCACAAUGGGCAAACUUCUUCAGUACAAGGAAGUUCAUCAAGUGGGGCAGGUGUUCCACUGGUACCAGGAGAUCAUCAGGGUGUGCCUAGGUCCUGGUAAACGGGGCCAAUGGACUUGGAUGAAAGAUGAUUUGAACUCAGCCCGGCUAACACAACUAGGUCCUAUGUUUGAAGACCUACGUGGCCCACCCAAAUAUAUGCUGUCCCAGAUAUCAGGUAGCAGAAACAACGAGGAGUUCCCUCCCAAUAGGAUCAUUGCUUCAGAUGAUGAAACAGAAGACGCCGAAGCCCCAUUCAUCCAAAAACUCUUUGGCAUUCUGAGAAUCUACUAUACAUUAUUAGAAUGUGUGAAGCGUGUUUCUCUUGGAAUACUUGCUGGAAUAUAUUCAUCCAGCAGCCAUUCUCAAGUUCCUACGUCAUUCGCCCUCUGCUUCACUUCAUUUCAGCUGUUCUUUCUCAUGUUGAAAAAGCCAUUUAUAAAGAAGAAGGUGCAGCUUGUCGAGCUGAUCUCCGUGGCAAGUGAGCUUGGAUUUUUUGUGGCUUGCUCUGUCCAGUUAGAGAAGGAUUUAUCCAAAGAUGCUGAGAGCAGUGUAGGAGUUAUGAUGUUGGUAAUGUUCAUCAUCUGUUUUGCAGCGCAGAUGAUUAACGAGUGGUAUGCAUUGUACAAACAGAUCUUACGAUUGAGUCCUGGUAAGGACUCAUUCUGUUCAGGAUUAAAGACAACUCUGAUUGGAUUGAUGCUGAUUAUACUGCCGGGAAACCGGCUGUUAUCAGUUAGCACACAAGUGGAUGGAGAAACUGCAGCUAAUACGGAUACUUCUCCCGGCGGCAGUGUUCAAAGAAAUGACAAGCCAUGGCUGAGACAACUUAGAGAACUUGCCAAGGCAAGUUUCAGUAGAGAACAAGAAGAAGGCAAUGCCUCAACAAAUAAUGACCCUUCAAGCAGUAAGAACCAGAGCGGGUUUUGGAUGUGGAAUAGAAGCCAGAGUUCCUCUGUGACUUCUUCUUCUUCAGAUAACAAGGCUAAGGGAGAAUUCAGAACAAGGUCGAAAGGCCUUUACAAAGAUUUGGCAACCAUCUUCUCUUCCAAGUGAUGAAUUGCAGGCCAUUGCUAGUCCAUUGUGGUAUGCGGUUUUGAGUACAAUGAUGAAAUGAACAACUGAAUCCUUAUUUCAACAGCUCUCUAAAUUUUAAUCUAAGUCUUAGUUCCCACUUCUGCCUUUCACAAGCUCAGUUGCAGGUAAAGAGAUAUGUAUAAUGUAAGAUGAAUUUGAUUGACAUUCUCAAGCAUACUGUGUUGCCAUUGUUGGAGAUUUGGCUUCAUGGCCAUCAUAGCUUUGAUUUUGAAAGAA